AUUAAUCCACAAGAUGAUCUAGUUCCUUUGAAUUUUUCAUCACUUCCUAAAUUCUGGAAUACAUUAGAUAAUUCCUUUUAUCAGGUUACCAGAAGACUGUCAUUACAGGAAGACUUAGCUACCUAAAUAGCCAAGAAGUUCAGUAAGUUCUCAGAGCAUUGUUAGCUAGUUUAAAGACUUAACUAAGCUAGCAUCAAAUGGCUAGUGCUUCAACAUUAGUCAUCUCAGAGCUUCAAGAACUUAUGGAUACACAGAGAAAGGUGGCCACCUUGCCUGCUAAGCUAAGUGAUGAUUCAGUCAUGCAAAAGCAAGAAUCUAAUCCAUCUGGCAACAACUCACCAAGCAAAGAAAAUAAAGGGAGGGGCUCUCUCUUCUCUGCUGUGCAACUGUUUAGCAAAACGAGCAAGCCAAUUGAUGCUGGGAGCGAUGACUCUCACAGUGAAACAGAUCGUGCCGAUGCUGUAAGAGUGUUAGGCAAAGUGGCAGCAGUGCCAGGUCUGUUGGCAGACAGAGUAAAAUCUACCCAGGCUAAGCAGAUUGAAGCUGGAGAGUUAAUAAAUUUGACAUUUCUAGAGGAUUAUGAGAGAAUUGCCAUUCAGAAAGUCAUUCAAGCUGAUCUCAAGCUGAGGAGACACAUUCUAGGGUCGUUGAAGAACAGCAUUGACAAAACUUCGCAGUCUGAACCAAAAGAAACCAUCGAGGAAAAAAAGUCAGGCCCGAUGCCAUGCACCAAUUGUGGAAAGGAGAUCAACUUGAUAUGCACUCGAUUGUUAUCUGGAAAAUGUUCAGACUGUAAACGAAUGCUAUGCAAAGAUUGCAUAGGAAAGCCAACGCACGGUCUGUCUGUCCUUUGCUCAGUGUGCAAGAAUAGAAGAAUUCUCAGAUUACAGACCCUAGACUAUGAGUCUAUUCUCCACUAUGGUGUCGGAGGUGACAGAGAAGAGGAUUAUGUUCCCACAGUUGCAGAGUCUGAGCUGGUUAAGAAAUCACUGCAAGCAGCAGUCAACCUAUCAAAGCCUCGGAAGUCGGUCGAGUUCUCUGGAGAUAUGAAGCGAGACAUUCAAAGCCUAGGUGUAACUCUUCCAAGAAACAGAGCUUCAAGCCUAGGUGUAAACAGAGGGCAACUAAAGAGCAUUGGCAAAUCUGCUUCACUCGAAACAGAUUCGCAGGCACAUUCGAUGUCUCCAGAAAACCGAUCCAAGUCUGCCACUCUGCCAAAAAAUGAAACUCUUUCCAUUCCAAACAUCAAUGAUGCUGAUUGCGGGUUUCAAUUAAUGUCAAAAGCAAGUGAUGAGAGCCUCAUUGACCUGUGCAGUGUUUACAGUGAGCAGUGCUACUUUGGAGUGGAGAUCAGUGGUCGCAUUCUUCUAGGCAUCUGGUAUAAAGCUAAUGAAAAGAGGUUGUAUGUUCGGAUUAUCAAAGCUGAGAAUCUCCCAGAGGCAGCUGAUGGUGCACUGGAUCCAUACGUCAAGACCUACCUGCUGCCAGGCGUCUACAAAAGCAACAAAAGAAAGACAGGCCUUCAGUACGAUACCACCAAACCUGUGUGGAAUGAAAUCCUGAAGUAUGCUGAUCUUACACAAGAGGAGGUGUGUAGUCGAACUUUGUGGGUCAGUGUGUGGGAUUGGAACAAAUACGGUCGACAGCAGUUUCUGGGUGAGGUUCGAAUCCCCCUAACAGGUCGGGAUCUCACCAACUCCAGGGACGAAUGGUUCAAGCUACAGGACUCAGAGGCCAAGCCAAGUCUUGGAAUAGAGGAAGUGGAUUCUCCUGAGCAACCAGUGAAGCCUAGACUACUGGUGGCGAUCAUGUUCAAGUCGUACAGUGAAGAAGAACGAGCUCAUCUUAGAAGUGAGAAGGAAGGCAUAAUUGGCUGUUUGCACAUUAGGAUCAAGAAAGCUGAGAAUCUACCUGCCAUGGACGUCAACGAUCGCACGGACAGUUUUGCUCGAUGCUUUCUAUUCCCUAACCUUCAGCUUGGAGGAAAAAAGAAGACCAAAAUCGUUGAUAAUUCGCUCAACCCAGUCUGGGAUGAGGAGCUGGCCUACACUUACCUUUCUCUUGAGGAGCUGCAGUGUAAUAGAGUACUAGAAGUCACGCUGUGGGAUUACGAUAGACGAGGCACAAACCAGUUUAUUGGAGGUGUGAGGAUUGGUCCAAAUCCGUUCGAUGUGAUCCAUUCGCACGACUGGAUGGAUUCCACUGAAAGUGAGUCAAAUCACUGGGAAGACAUGCUGGAUCAGCCAGGGGAGUGGGUAGAAGCAUGGCACACACUGAGGCCCAGUAUGGAGUCUAUGCACAAGCUGCAAUCAAACCGCAAGAUUCGUGAAGGGAGUAUUUCAUCAGGGUCCCUCCCAUAUGAGACCCCAUUGCUUAGCGGCCAAGAGUCUCCUAUCAUCUCAUCACCUGUGCCUGAAGGCGAUAAGAGUUUGGAAGUGAACAUCAGUCGCUCUAAGAAAGGCCACUACCAAAUCAGUGGAGAGAUUCUCAUUGGCAUCAAGUACAAAGAUGAGUCCCUCUACCUGAAGAUCAUCAAAGCCGCUGGUCUCACUGCUGUGCACAGAAAUGGAGUUUCUAAUCCUUACGUAAAGAUGUACCUCCUUCCAGAUCGCAGUAAGGAAUCCAAGAAGAAGACGGAUAUAAAGAAAAAGACCCUCGAUCCAGUUUACAAGGAAGUGUUCAAGUACAAAGUGGACAAGGAUAAAAUUCACUUGAGGACUCUCUGGGUGACUGUGUGGGACCAUGGCUCUCUUGGAGGCAGUCAUUUCAUGGGAGAGACAUGCAUAUCACUGAAUGGCGAUCUACGUCACUCAAGCGAAAGGUGGUAUGAGCUCCACGACUUUGCUGAGACUGGAAUGGUCGUAAUGGCGACCCCAUUUGGCCGUACCCCCACCCAUAACCCUACCGGGAUUCCCUCCCUCGACAGUAGUGCUCUCAAUGCAGUGGAAGGAGAGAAUCAGCAACAGCAGGACCCUGCAGACCAUAGAGAAGGAGAAGGAGAGCGGCCAUUAGACAGCAGUACACCCAAGCCCUCAUCACAGGAACAAGAAGAUGUUCCGACACCCAAGCCUUCAUCACUGGAGCAAGAAGAUGUCCCAGAUACAGCACCUCAGGACAUGCCCGCUAUUCCCAUUGUUAAUGUGGAGGACUUUGAAGCUCUAUAAAGUAGACAUGUUGACUAAUUAGCUAUAAAUGUUGUCACGCUCUCACGCAAUCACAAUAUUACUUAUGUUCGUAUAUUUCAUUUUCAUCACAAUACUGAAGUUAUUGCAAUAAUUUUUUGGAUCAAAAUUGUACAA